AUGGUCGCUCCUCCGGCAUCUCUGUCCUUGCCGGACAUCGCAUCACUCUCGUCUCUGCCCGAGGAGACGCUCAUCUCCGUGCUUGACCUCCUCUUCGAGCCCAGCGUCGACCUCCACACUCUGGCCAUCCCCACCAUGCGAUCCAUCACCUUCACCUCCUACCCCGAGCUCAUCGACACCCUCCGCGACGAGUUGCUGUCCAUCGCCCAGGACCUGCACCAAGAACCCGACGCCCGCAAGCCCCUGCAUGCCAUCCUCGGCUCCCACCCCCGCCUGGGCGAGAAGAAGGUCAACAGUGCACAGAGCGCCGCAGAGCAGGCCCAGCUGCACUCUGGGGGUCACGGCGAGGCGCAGAGGCUGGCAGCACUCAACAAGGAGUACGAGGAGACCUUUCCUGGCCUGAGAUACGUCGUCUUCGUCAACGGACGGCCAAGGGACGUCAUCAUGCAAAACAUGCGUCAGCGCAUCGAUCGGGGUGACCUGCGAGCCGAGGAGCGGGAGGCCAUCACCGUACGUCCCCCAUUCGCCGUGUCAGGCGCCCUCUUCCUCGAGAGCUUUUCUUUCUGCCAAUUGUGA